CGUUCCUCCUGCUUCGCCCUCCUCCUCCAUCCCCGUCCCGCGUGUCACCGAUUGGUCGCGGGGGCUGCGCUCGGGGGGAGCCCUGCGAUUUUCUAUAUAACCCCCCGCUCGGUGCAGAGAGACCUCGGCAAGUCACGAGCGGGGAGAAACAUUCCCCCGAGCACGAGCCCACACACAAAAGCAAACUCCGGGAUCUACAAGGCUGCAAUUCCGCCAGGGCCCGCGGGACAUGCCCGGCUGCCCCUGCGGGGGGAAGGAGCCCUGAGAGGGGGAGAAGCCGAUCCCAGGAGCACCCGAAGUUCGUGGGCACGACGAAGAUCCAACUAAGACCCAAGCAAGGACGUCCCACGAGCACUGCAAGGACUUUGGCAACCAGCUUUGCCGUUCCGUCCUCAAUGGCGAGAAUCCCAGCUCCCACCACUCUAGCCAUUUUCCUGGCUUGCCUCUUCUCCGGGGCACACAGCCAGACCCCAAGGGCUUUCCAGGAGAGCACCAUCCCCUUUGAGACACUUGGCCAGGAGCAGGCUUACAGUCUGGUCCAGCCAAGCCUGUUCCAGGAUGCCAGGCUGUCAAACCACUCGGAGAGCCUCCCCAGGAGCACCAGCUCUGAGCCGCCCCUGCUGCCCGUGUGCGUGAAGCCUGCGGAUAUCAGACACAUCUUCAAGUACAUCAACACCAUCGUGUCCUGCACCAUCUUCAUAGUGGGGAUCAUCGGGAACUCCACGCUCCUGAGGAUCAUUUACAAGAACAAGUGCAUGAGGAACGGGCCAAAUGUCCUCAUCGCCAGCUUGGCGCUCGGAGACCUUCUCUACAUCCUCAUCGCUCUGCCCAUCAACGUAUAUAAGCUCUUGGCAAAGGACUGGCCCUUUGGCGUGCAGGUGUGCAAGCUGGUCCCCUUCAUCCAGAAGGCCUCAGUGGGCAUCACGGUCCUCAGCCUUUGUGCUCUCAGCAUCGACAGGUACCGAGCGGUGGCGUCCUGGAGUCGGAUCCAGGGGAUAGGAAUCCCCAUGUGGAAGGCAGUGGAGGUGAUGCUGAUCUGGGCAGUGGCCAUUGUGCUUGCAGUCCCCGAAGCCAUAGCCUUUGACAUGGUGGAGCUCAGCUACUGGGAACAGCACCUGUGGGUGUGCAUGCUUGCCUCCGAACAGAAAUCCAGCUUCAUGAUGUUCUACCGGGACGUGAAGGACUGGUGGCUUUUCGGCUUCUAUUUCUGCCUCCCCUUGGUGUGCACUGGCGUCUUCUACACCCUCAUGUCAUGCGAGAUGUUGAGCAAGAGAAAUGGCAUGAGGAUUGCGCUGAAUGACCACAUGAAGCGGCGCCGGGAGGUGGCCAAGACCGUGUUCUGCCUCGUGGUGAUCUUCGCGCUCUGCUGGCUGCCGCUCCACCUCAGCCGCAUCCUCAAGAAGACCAUCUAUGACCAGACGGACCCCAACAGAUGUGAACUGCUCAGUUUCCUCCUGGUGAUGGAUUACUUCGGGAUCAACAUGGCCUCCCUCAACUCCUGCAUCAACCCUGUGGCGCUCUACUUCGUCAGCCGGAAAUUCAAGAACUGCUUCCAGUCCUGUCUGUGCUGCUGGUGCCAGAGACCGGCCCUGAGCAUCACGCCGACGGACGAGAAGGGCUCUGUCGGGAAGUGGAAAGCCAACGGGCAGGAGCUUGGGCUGGACCGGAGCAGCUCCCGCUUGAGUAACAAGUACAGCUCUUCCUAAAGCCAUCAGCCGCGGGGCCGAGAGGAGAAGGCACUGUGCCCAAGAGGGCAGGACCCCUCCAUUUCUCUCGCACGGCCGUUUCCUGGCUGGGCCUGCAUCGUUUCUGCCUUCGUGUCGUAACCCACCUGGAAGGAGCUGCAGCAUUUCACGGGCCCCUGGGACUAGCUCUGGACGCGACCUCUGAACCACGCCGAUCCGCCCUCUGGGCCGAGUCACCUCUGGAGGAGGGGGAAGGGGAUUCAGAUCCUUGUAGGAGUUUUUGUUUCCUUGCAGGAAAACUAAGUGACUUGCGGCCAUUUGUCUCGGGUGGAAACGUGGGGUGGGGAGAUGUGUGUGAAAAGGGAAGGAAGGUUGAGAUGUGGUCACCUCGAGAUGGAUGUGGGAUGAGGUGGAGAGGGACAGACCCAUGAGUGACAAUUUCCAGCUGAAAAAGCCAAAGAAAAGCUUUGAUAACUUCCCUUAUCGUCUCCCUCUGUUGCUGGGACAGUUUGUCCCUGGGCAGAGAGCCAGGAUAAGAUCCAGGCACCGCGUAUGUCUGGUAGACCAUCAAUGGCGUGAAAUCGCCUCCUGUUCCUGGUAGGGAGAGAUGGGCAGUAACUUGGCUUCACGGUGUGACCAACCUGACCUGGGGAGCCCUACGAGUGCCCCUCCUCCUCACCUUUUCCUGGGAGAUCUGCCCCAGGCCCCUCACCCAGGGGUGAUGUUCACCCCACCUGUGUACAGCACAAGAAAGCGAUUGUAUGUGACCGAAUGGCUUAGGGGACCAGACAUCCUUGGCAGAAGGUAGUGGCAGCUUCCAGCCAAACCACCGGCUCCAGCUUCCGCCUCCCCGGGGGCAGGUGAGCUCCCGGCUGGCCCAGCACCGUUGCUGGCCCAAGGGGUUGCCCUUCCAGGGAAGGGUUUGCAAGCCCAGGAAAGGGAAGGCAGAGAUGGCUCAAAUCUGGAUGAGGCUGGGACCAAGGAACCAGCCCUCACCUUUCCAACCCUCCGCGUAACCUGGAAACGGAAAAUCUCUCCCUGACGCAGGAUGCAAGGCAGAGGAUCCCGAAGAUGUGCCCUUCCACAAGAACAUCCAGCCUUGACCCACGAUCUUCAGCAGCUGGAAAGUCCACAGCCUCCUUCAGCCGCCGGCUCCUGGGAGGGGCAUCGCCCGCAAGACCACGGCUCUGAAGGGAAAAAAGGGAUGUCCUGCGUUUGGAUGCCCAUAAUUCAUCUUCCUCCAGCCAACAAGGCUGAGCUCCAGCGGGGCAGUGGGGCUGGACCCCAACGUGCCUUGGCCACAGCACCGUGACACCAGGGUUCACACCACUUGUAAGGGGGACAGAGAUGUUCGUCCUCCUCAUGGUCAAACCAAGGUGGAAAAGGCAAUGGGGAAGGUCCGAUCUCAGCUGGAAGAGUUGCUGGAGCCGACCGAAAUACGGCAAAGAGCUUUCACAAAUUUACUAGUUAAAAUAAUUAAUCCCCGAGUGCUUUUCCAGCAUGUUUCUCUAAAAAAUCAUGCUUGCAUCUCUUGCCAAAAGUUUAAGAAAACCUAUAUGAGAAAGUUCUAGUUACAAGGUUUUUGAUCAUUUUUCUGUUGGUUUUUUCUUCUCUCUUUUACCUCUCUCCCUUUCUUUCUGCUUUCCCCUUUUCAUCCUGUCAUGGAAAAAAAAACGGAGAGAGGAAAAAGGGAGAGGAGAAAAGACCUGCAAAAAAAAAGCAAAACAUUUUCCAGGUGUUGGGUAUUUUUUUUUAGAUUUGUUUUUACUGAAAUGCAAAUGUUUUACAAACAAAUCACAUUUCUGAAAGACAAAGGGGUUUCAACAAAACGGGAAAGUCUGAGGGCCACGAGACCAGCACGUUUUCUAUAAACUUGCCUACCCAGGAGGGCAGAUUGGUCCCGAUGGCCGCGGCUGCGCUCUGCCCCAGGGCUGGCUGCGCUUUGCUGGUGGACACGUGAGGUCAGCGGAGAAAACGUACAGAGACCGAAAUGUUCCAGCCCAGACACCUUAGUACAACGGUAUUUUUUAAUGAUUGUGCUUAUAAAAAAAAAUUUGAAUUCUA